AUGACAGUCAAAGAAGCCGCGCCUGAAUUCUGGCUCUAUGGUUAUGGUCUGUUAGGAGUCUUAUAUGGAAGCCCCCGCCUCAUUUUGGUAUUACUCUAUCCUUCUAGCCUAUCCAACCCUGUGACACUUGCUAUAUGCGGCAGGCUAACGGUCAUGUUUGUUCUCCUCGAGCAGAUAGACGGAUCCCCGGAUGGGUGA